CCGCGCGCCCGUCAACCGGAGGCAAAUAGGCUACUGCUCGGAACUACUUUUCUUUGGAUGUUGAGUGAAGAUCCUUGUCUCCGUGGACUCGGUCGGUCAGCUUUUCCCGAUAUUCCUGAGAAAUGCCCGUGUUUACACGGUGCCACAGAUUGACUCCAGUGCACUGAAUCUCUCAUCUUCUCACCAUGACCUUCUUCAGCUCUUUAUUUGCCCUCCUCUUCAUCAGCAGGUUUCUGGAAAACUCUCUUCUCAGCGCUGAGGUGAAAGAGGGAGAGAUUCUUCCUCCGACCAUCCAGAAGCUGAUGAAAGGAUACAACAAAUACCUCCGGCCUUUCUUUGACAAUGGUCCUGUCACGGUGGGCAUGAGUUUAGACAUCGCCAGUAUUGAUACCAUUUCUGAGAUCAACAUGGACUACACGGCUACGAUCUUCCUCCGUCAGCGCUGGACGGACGAGAGGCUCGUGUUUAAAGGUAAUAAGAGCUUGAGUCUGGACGGGCGACUGGUGGAGCUGCUGUGGGUCCCAGACACCUUCAUAGUCGACUCCAAGAAGUCCUUCCUCCACGACAUCACUGUGGAGAACCGACUGAUCCGGAUCUUUCCCAACGGGACGGUUCUCUAUGCGCUCCGGAUCACCACGACUGUGGCCUGUAAUAUGGAUCUGACCAAAUAUCCCAUGGACAAACAGACGUGCACCUUACAACUGGAGAGCUGGGGUUAUAACAUCAAUGAUGUGAUGUUUUACUGGACUCGUGGGAAUGACUCUGUGAGCGGUUUGGACACGCUGAAACUGGCUCAGUUCACCGUAGAAGAUCAUUACACCUCAGUGUCUGAGGCCGUAUAUGAGACGGGCAAUUAUCCCAAGCUGAUCUUUCAUUUCGAGCUGAAGAGGAGCAUCCUGUACUUCAUCCUGGAGACGUACGUGCCGUCCAGCCUGCUGGUGGUGCUGUCCUGGGUCUCUUUCUGGAUCAGCCAAUCAUCCGUCCCUGCUCGCAUCUGCAUUGGCGUGACGACCGUCCUGACAAUGACCACGCUGAUGAUGGGCGCACGGACAUCUCUGCCCAAUGCCAACUGCUUCAUCAAGGCCAUUGAUGUGUACCUGGGCAUCUGCUUCAGCUUCAUCUUCGGAGCGCUGAUAGAGUACGCUGUGGCCCACUUCUGCACGCUACAGCACCCUGACUACAACAACGCACUCAUGUGUGGUCAUCACAUGCAUGUGUGCGAGGAGGAGAUGAACGGCAUUGUCACCACCAUCGCCAGUGAUUCUUCGCGGCUAAAGCGGCGCAAAGACGCUCCAGUACCCAAGCCCACCGCUGCUGGAGAGCCUGGCCUCACACCCUCCAGCCCGACCACCAGUGAACCCAAGACCGCAGAGGUCCCAUCGGAGCUCUUUAGCCGUUGUGCCAAAAACAUCUCUGUCCUGAGGAAGAUCCUGAGAUCCAUCAACUGCUGUCAUGUGAAAAACCCACAUUAUAUAGACAACUACUCGCGGUUAACCUUCCCACUGUCGUUUAUCAUCGUUAAUCUGCUAUACUGGACAUACUACCUGUACUUUUAACCAGAGCAUCAUGCUGAAUCAUUUCUGUGUGUUCGUAAGUAUGAUAGCAUAGGCAAGUGUGUAUGAAAGACCAGUAGAGACUCAACAGAGAAGGAGAAUAAUUAGGGUUGCACCGAUACUACAUUUUUCAGCAGAUACCAAUAAACCAAUUAUACAGAAUGAUGUUUGCCAUUAUGAAUGCUAAUUAUUCAGAAUGAAAUUUGCUGAUACCGGUAACAGAUAAUUCAGAAUGAUAUCUCUCAGUAUCGAUUAUUCAAAAUGAUAUCUGCAGAUACCAAUAGUCAGUUAUUCAGAAUGAUAUGUGCCAAUACAGAAUAUUUAGAAUUAUAUCUGCUGAUACUAAUAUCCGAUUAUAUAGAGUGAUAUCUGCAGAUACCAAUAGCUGAUUAUUCAGAAUGAUAUCUGCCAGUACGAUAAAAAUAAUAAUAAUAGUCAAUUAUAUAGAUUAAUAUCUGCUGAUACUAAUAUCCGAUUAUAUAGAAUGAUAUCUGCCGAUACCAAUAGUCAGUUAUUCAGAAUGAUGUCUGCCAAUACGAUUAUUUAGAAUGAUUUAUGCUGAUACAGAUAGCUGAUUAUUUAGAAUUAUAUCUGCUGAUACCAAUAUACGAUUAUGCUGUAUAGAAUGAUAUAUGCUGAUACCAAUAGCCGAUUAUUCAGAAUAAUAUAUGCCAGUACCAAUACAAAUACUGAUAGUCAAUUAUUCCAAAUGAUAUCUCCCAAUAAUGAUAGCCGAUUUUUCCGAAUGAUUUCUGCAGAUACCGAUAGCUUAUUAUUCAGAAUAAUAUCUACCAAUACUGAUACUUAUCAGUCGAUUAUUCAGAAUGAUAUCUACCAAUAAAGAUACUAAUACAAAUAGCUUAUUUUUCAGAAUGAUAUCUGCCAAUACAGAUACUAAUACUGAUACUUAUCAGCCGAUUAUUCAGAAUGAUAUCUACCAAUACAGAUACUAAUACAAAUAUCUUAUUUUUCAGAAUGAUAUCUGCCAAUACAGACACUAAUACAGAUAGCCGAUUAUUCAGAAUGAUAUCUGCCGAUACCAAUACAAAUACUGAUAUGGACAGCCGAUUAUUCAGAAUAAUUCCAAUACUAUAGAUCUUUAGUCAGCUUUUGUGUUUUAAUCUCCAUUACUAAAUUUUUCAUUUACUAAACACUUACAAUGGCAGUAAACAGUGCACCAUUUAAAAGCUUAAAUGUCAACUUUUUUAAUUACUCCGUUAAUCCCUAUUAUUAUUUGUCAUUCUUGCAAAUUUAGCAACAUAAUCCCCAUGAGUCGCUUUUUCUGUAUGGAAAAAGUCCAUAUGUUUUUUUUUGGAAAGUCGGUGUAUUUACCAGUUUUGAUGUGCAACAGAUGCUGUUGACAAAGAUUAAUUUACAUUGAACAUAGCGAGGAGACAUGUUCAGUAUUCAUGAUGUCCCAUAUAUGAAUCUCACUGAUAGCGUCAGCAUCAGGUUGGAAGUUUGUUGUGGCUGAUGAUGGCUAUUCAACCCUGGAUCUCAACAAUGGCUCCCAUGAUUAAAUGUUCUAGAUAACUAAACAUAUACUGAGGAAAAUUCAUCACUGAAUUUUAACGUCAGAUUACUGGAAAUAUGUAUUUGACUUCACAUUUGGCUGAGGAUGAGCAGACUACAUUUUAACAUCAACAUGAAAUUGAAAUUCAGCCAACGUUUCCAUUGAAAUCAUCUAGGCUGUGGAUGAUUUUUGGACUACUGGAUUAUGUUAAUCUAAAGCAUUAGUCAAGUAUUUAGUUGUUUUAGGCUGCUGUUCUAGCUAAUAUAGCCUUUCUCAAAUAUUGUUUAUAGUUAACAUUUAAUGCUGGUAAAUUUUAAUAUAAUAGAGGUUACAGCAAAAAUAGCAAAUAAUGAUGGAUUUGA